GUUUUAGUGAUAAAUGUUUGUCCAUCGAAAUAUGAGAAUGUAGUGUUAGUACAAUAUCCUGGUUUGUUUUCCUAAUUCGGUAUUGCGGUUCGGAAGGCAUGAAAGGCUCUAUGGCGUAAAUUUAGCCGAAAUUAGUGAACUUCUUUCUGAAUCUGAGUUUUCAGACGUUUCUGUUGAUUCCCAACAGGAUUUCUUUCCGCGUUCUUUUAAUUGUGUGUAAAAUACCAGACUUUAUCUGGUGGUUUAUCUCCAGAGAGAUUCCAAGUUAGAUUUAUUUCUUGAUGGUGUUUAAUAGGUUUUCUCAGUCCCUUCAAGAUAAUGCCAUCAAAUAUGGCAUGGCCACUUGCUCUUAUAUAUCUCUCAAUAAGUUAUUCAUAAUCGGCCUACCAUAUUUUAUUCAGUAUUGCCUAGCUUAAACAAAGUGUAUAUUAUUCGGAUCAUUGCCCAUUUGAACAUAAGCAUGUCUUGUGGCUAGUUAAAUAUGAUUCCAGCUGCAUGUAAUGUGCCUCGUAAAGUGUAGUACAAGGGUUAAUAGAACAUUGCAAAAUGACUGACCAACCAAUAUUCAAAAAGAGUUGUGUGUUGUGGGAUAUAAAGACAUGUAUUGAAUUGAAUUGAAUUUAUUUACAUUCUAUAAAUCCUAAACAGAUGUUAAAAUAUUUUGGUCCAGUCUGCAGACAUUUGUGUAGGCCUAGACCUGCAGUGAAUACUUUGCCUGCUCUUCCAGUUUCACAUCAAGUCCUGCUUUCAACAAUGAGUGAUAAAUUUGAUUUGCCUUCAAGAUAUCAUGGUUCUGAAAAAAGUGUCUGGGUGGAAUAUAUCCAAUUGGCUCUGGACUAUAAGCCCCUAAAUUUGGGACAAGGUUUCCCAGAUUUCGCAGCUCCAGAUUAUGUUACCAAAGCUUUAUCAGAGGUAGCAACGGGUGAAAAUGUGCUCCUGAAUCAGUAUACUCGAGGUUUUGGACAUCCUCGGCUUGUUAGUGCCCUAAGUAAGCUGUAUUCUCAACUUCUUGACCGUAAAAUUAGUUCACAGACUGAAAUCCUUGUCACAGCAGGAGCUUAUGAAGCACUGUUUAGUACAAUUUCUGGUCAUACUAAUCCAGGAGAUGAAGUUAUAAUCAUUGAACCUUUUUUUGAUUGCUAUGACCCUAUGGUACGAGCAGCAGGAGGAAUUCCUCGCUUUAUACCUCUUAGACUGAACAAAACUAGUGGGAAAAUUAUGUCAAGUGACUGGGUACUUGACCCAACAGAGCUGACAAAUCUCUUCAAUUCCAGAACCAAAGCCAUAAUUCUCAACACUCCACACAACCCGAUUGGAAAAGUGUUCACUCAGAAGGAGCUUGAGCUUAUUGCAGAUUUGUGCAAAAAGUGGAAUGUACUAUGUAUUUCUGAUGAGGUGUAUGAGUGGCUAGUGUACAAACCUUGCAAACAUAUACGCAUUGCCACUUUGCCUGGUAUGUGGGAAAGGACAAUUACUAUUGGAUCUGCAGGAAAAACAUUUAGUGUGACAGGGUGGAAAAUUGGCUGGGCAUAUGGCCCUGCUAAACUGAUAAAGAACUUACAGACUGUUCAUCAGAACUGUGUGUACACUUGCAGCACACCAAUUCAGGAGGCAGUAGCUCAAGGAUUUGAGUUGGAAUUGGGGCGACUAGGACAACCUGAGAGCUAUUUCCUGAGUCUUCCAAGGGAACUAGAAGCAAAACGUGAUUUCAUGGCCAAGUUCCUGUCAGACGUUGGAAUGGUUCCUACCAUUCCAGAAGGGGGAUAUUUUAUGGUAGCUGACUGGUCGGCACUAGGAGACAAGGUUAAUCUUGAACAAGAGACAGAUGAAUUAAAAGAUUAUCGCUUCACAAAAUGGAUGUCUAAAAAUGUUAAGCUUCAAGGUAUCCCCCCUUCAGCAUUCUACAGUGAGCCACAUAAAUCUUUAGUUGAGACCUCUGUGCGCUACUGUUUCAUCAAGACUGAUGAGAAGCUCCAGCAAGCUGCUGAUAUCUUGCAGAAGUGGAAGGCAUCUGCUUAGGCACAAUGCUUGCAUUACAGCAUAUCACAUAAGUGCGAAGAAUUUUGUUGAGGAUCCAAUAGCUUUUGCUUUGUACUGCACUUUUAGUGCAAGGAAUGAGAAUGUUCUACUAUAUGAAAUGGAAAUAGCAUGCUUGUAAAAUAAUAUGCAAUUAUUGGGGCUGAUUAGAAGUGAAGACUGUGCAACUAAUUAAAAGCUUCUGGUGAUCUGGAAAUCUCACAUUGCAUUAAUCAUAAUUUAUUCUGCUGCUGAA